CUCUCCUGAUUAGACGAGACGCGCGCCGCGAAAAGCAAACAAAAUCCUAGGCUCAUUUCCGUUUCCCUCCCUCCUUUCCGUUCGAACGACGAAAUCAAAUCCCCACUCUCCAUUCCCAAAUCUCCGAACCCUAGCCCCCCCAAUCUCCGAUCCCGCCAUGCCCCUGCACGCUGACGAAGACGCCGGCGCCAGCGACGCCGACGCGCGCCUCUUCGCCGGCGUCCGCUUCGCGCUCUACGGCUUCAACACACACUCCGAGUCCCAGUACCGCUUAGAGAUGGUACGGUGCGGCGGCGUCCACGUCGGGGCUUGGGACGGAGACUGCACCCACGUCAUAGUUUCCAACACCUUAUAUGAUGACCCCGUGUGCGUGGCGGCGCGGUUGGACAAGAAGAAGGUCGUCACCGACCAAUGGGUGGAAGACAGCUUCGAACUUGGAGAAUUGGCUGACGCCGAUCGGGUAUUAUAUGCGCCAAUCAGAGAUCCCAAUGGCAUUCCGGGUAGUGAUCAACUUCACAUUUGCCUCACAGGGUACCAGAAGAAUUGGCGCGGAGACAUAAUGAAAAUGGUUUCUUUGAUGGGAGCACACUUCUCCAAGUCUUUGAGAGGAAACGAAGACACCCAUCUCAUUUGCUACAAAUUUGAAGGCGAGAAAUAUGAACUUGCUAAACAGGUGAAUAUCAAAAUUGUUAAUCACCGGUGGCUGGAAGAAUGCUUAAAGGCAUGGGAGAUUCUUCCAACUGAUGAUUAUACGAAAAGUGGUUGGGAAGUAGAGAUAAUGGAAGCAGAAGCUCAGGACUCUGAAGAUGAAAGCGAAGAUGUUGGUAGAGGCUCAUCAAGUGGUAGACGUAUUGGCAGAAGCACCCCUGGUACAGAGAUUAGAACAAAAUCUCAUGUUGAUUCUGCUGUUGAUGCAACCGUUCGAGGUUCUACUAUUUCUACUAGUAAUGCAGAGGGUGCUACAGGAAGACACUUGGGCACACCAGAACAGACCAUGAAAGCAGAAGAUGCUAGCACAAAGUCAUUUGACAUCAGAGCUGACUCAGGAAGUGCCCCUGACACGAAAUAUGCUACAGUUUCUGUUGAUGGUUAUGCCCACAAAACUUACCCCUCUCACAUUUACCAGAGUGAGAAUGAUGAGGCUCCUGCAGAUCAGGUCAGUAGGGAUGAAGCUAGAGAUGAUCACAAGAGGGAUACUGACACCAGGGCUAGUACCCUCUCUACUCCCAAUGUACAUAAAAGCAUUGCUCCUGCUAUUCUAGCAGACAACAAGAAGAGCAUUGAAGGGAACUGUUUGCAUAGCUCCAAUCAGAUCAAUGUCAACAAUGAUCUUCGGUCAAACACUUUUGAAGAAAAUUGCUCCAAGCAAAUAGUACACUCACCAGAAAUGAGCAGAAAGGUAGAUCAGAAGGAUGAUGGGCAUGUACCUGAUCCACAACCCACCAUUUCUCAGUCAUUCUCUGAACAAAGGCUAAACAUGCGUGAGUCUAAUCUAGGACCAGAAGACAAUUCAGCAUCAAUAAGUAAUCAAAUUUUAGGCUAUUCUAGAAGGCGACUGGCAAAGUCAGUAUCACCUGGGGCUAAUUUAAGAUCAGUUCACCAAACAACACCGCCACAGUGUUUCGAGGAGGAUACGUCAAGGGUUGAGCUUAUUGCUACACCGAGAGGGAACAAUCAGGAUUAUAGUGGGCAUGCUGAGACCAGAGGCCUGCAAGAAAAUGAAGUGAUAAAGCAUGGCAAUAGAUCAGGCGGUGGGCAUGCUCAGAAGAGGAAAAGCAUUCUUUCUUCCUUCAGUUCAAAGGCACCAAGUGAAGCCCCAGACUCACAGACUGGAAAAUCAAGCAGUCCUUUAUCAAGCAAGGAAAGUGCAUGUGAAGCAGCUGUUUCUAAUCUGGGCAGAAGCCCUGCCGAAUCUACCAAAGUUGGCGGUCAUCUAAACAGUGGUCCAGCUGUGAAUUUUUCAGAGAAGCAAAUGCCUGGCUCAUUUAAAAGCAAUUUGUUAAGUAAUAGGAGGACAUCUUUGAAGCUUGUGAGCUCUGCUGAAGUAGAAAAGCUUCCUGAAAAUUCUUCUAAGGAUAAGAAUAUUGGGGCACCUGGUGAAGUUAAUACACCAGCACUGCACGAGACAACAAUUGAGAAGCGUCGUGCUAUAGCCCCUUCUGCCGAUUCUGAAGUUAGAAAAGAAAGUUCAGGUGCCUCUCUUCAAAAUCGGGACACUGAGAUGACUGAUGCUCAGCAUGUAAACAAAAUUGAAGCUGCAGGUCCUUGCUCAAAACCUGAGAAGGUGGUUUCUCACCAAGAAUUGGAAGUAGAUCCUAAAUAUAUCCCAGCUAACAAGGUCACUGAUAAACAUGGUACAUUUCCCCCGAAAGUAUCAACUUCUAGAGCAAGGAAUUCUGGUGCCAAGAGGUCUCGAAAUGCUGGCAGUAAAGCAGCUCCUGGAUUAAUUAAUAGCAAAAGUGGGGUUGCAACUAAGCCCAUGCAUGAUAAAGUUGAGUCUGUUAAUAUGUCUCUGCAGAGAAAUACAAAGGGGAACCGCAGAAAGCUUUCAAGCACUGCACGUGCAGAUGAAAAUAAAGGAAGUUCAUCUCAGAGGGGACUAAAUUCCGAAUCAAGUAAAUCAACUGCAAAGGGGGCUUGGACUGCUAAUGUCAAUAUGGCUGAUUCACCAACUAUCGAUACAGCUGAGACAAUACCAUCAAAGUCAAGUUUUAAUGAGGCGCUUCCGCCAGAAAAUGGAGAAGAACACCAUCAAAAGCCAGAGAAUGGAGAAGAACACCAUCAAAAGCUUCCAAGCAGUGCAAGCGCAGAUGACCAUGAAACACAUACGGCAAAUGAAGUACCGAACAACAGAGUACGCAAAGUAGUAGCCAAGAGGAAACUGUCUUCUGUCCAAAAACAGAAGUCUGGCACUGAGCCUUGCAUUACUGCAAAUGUAUUGGUAUCUGACGAUAAAGUUGUCUCAUCAGAGAGAGCUGCACAGAGUUCUAGAAAUUCUAACAUGGUAACGGUGAAUCAAGACCUGGAGAACACCAGUGAGGUUAGGACAAAUGGUGCGGUUGGAUUAUUUUGCAAAGAUGCCAUGGAAGAGAGAUCAAAAGAUACGCAGAGUUCUAAAUCGAGAAGCAACAAGAGACAAAAAACUGCAGAUUUAGUGGAUGGUUCUACAGAUUAUGACAAGGAGAACAUUCCAGUCAAUAGUAAUUUCACUUCCAAUACAACAGCUGGAAACAACAGCAAGAGUUCCAAAUCAACCUCAAAAGCGUUACAAAACAGCAAAGUUGUUCUUGAUGAGCGUGGUAUGAUUGAAGGAAAUAAUUGUGGAACCUUAAAUGUGUUGGAACCAACUUGGUUUAUUUUAAGUGGACAUCGCCUGCUGAGGAAGGAGUACAAGGCGAUACUUAGACGUUUGAAAGGCAGAGUUUGCAGGGAUUCACAUCACUGGUGUUUCCAAGCAACACAUCUUGUCACCACUGAGCUUCGCAGAACUGAAAAAUUCUUUGCAGCUGCAGCGGCUGGGAGGUGGAUACUCAAGCCUGAUUACUUGAGUGCUUGCAAUGAGGCUGGCAAGUUCUUAGAGGAAGAGCCAUUUGAGUGGCAUGGUAAUGGCCUUAACAGCGGUGAUACAAUUAGCUUGGAUGCUCCAAGGAAAUGGCGCCAACUGAAGCAGCGUACUGGUCAUGGUGCAUUUUAUGGGAUGCAGGUCAUUAUAUAUGGAGAAUGCAUUGCUCCGACACUGGACACACUAAAGCGCGCGAUCAGGUCCGGUGAUGGCACCAUCUUAGCAACCUCCCCACCUUACACCCGGUUCCUCAAGUCCAGCAUCGAUUUUGCUAUUGUAUCUGCGGGCAUGCCAAGCGUGGACGCAUGGGUACAGGAGUUCGUGAGGCAUAACAUCCCGUGCAUCAGCGCAGAUUACCUGGUGGAGUAUGUGUGCAAGCCCGGGCACCCCCUGAGCAAGCAUGUCCUCUUCAGCAUGCACGAUCUAGCAGAGAAGUCCCUGCAGAAGCUACUGAAGAACCAAGAAGACGUGAUGGAUGCUGACACUGGAGAGAACGGCGAGGCUGAUGUAGGUUGUUCUACCUGCGGAUCACAGGACCAGGAAGGGCUUAUGGUAACAUGCAGCAGCGGUGGAAACCAGGCUGGCUGUGGUGUCCGCGUGGACGUGGGUUGCUGCAACCCUCCCGUUGAAGCAGCCAUAGGUGGUGAGUGGCUGUGCGGCAAGUGCGACAAGCAAAAAUCUGCAAAGAAGUCUGCUGGGAAACCAAGAGUGCUCAAAACCUGAUGAUUUUUCAGGGGGUAUCACAAGCCCCUUCAAGAGUUCUGGGCUUGAUCAAGCACGAAAUGGAUGUUCGACAACAAGCGUGUGAGGGCCAGGCGGCCACCUAGUUUUUAUGUAUCUUUUAGCUAAGAGUUCGAGUUUGUUACAUUUUUAUGUAAUCACAACUACUGUAAGAACCUGCUUUCAUCUCCUUCUUAUAUGAUCUGGCAAUGCUCCUGCUAAGUUCAAAAAAAAAAAAAGCCGAUGACUCUAUAGUGCUGCUGGUGUUACUUUGCUGUAAGUUAUAUAAAAAUAUAAUUAAAUUAGCUUUGUAAAGAA